AUGGCAUCAUCAUCAUCGUCAACAACGGGAGAGAAGAAGAUGUUGACACUGAAGAGCGGCGAUAACGAAGCAUUUUACCUUGAGGAAUCUUUGGUCUUACAGUCUGACCUUAUCAAGACCAUUGUGAAAGAGGAAUGCAUUUCCAGCAUCCCAUUGCCUAGUAUCAAAAGCAAGACACUGGUAAAAAUUAUUGAAUACCUCAAGAAGCACGCGGAGCUCACUGCCUCGAACAAAGAAGACUUCAAGAAUUUCGAGAAAGAGUUUGUGAAUGUUGCGUUGGAAGAGCUGCUUGACAUAACUGUGGCAGUAAGUUAUCUGAAAAUUAAUGGUUUGUUGGAAUUCUGUUGCCAGGCUGUGGCUGACAGAAUAAAGGACAAGAGCGUUGAAGCCGUUCAGAAGAUUUUUAAAAUUGAAAGUGAUUUUACCCCAGAAGAAGUGACAGAGUUUAAAAGGGAAACUUCUUGGGCCUUUGAAGAUUGGGGACCGCAGGUGCAAGCUGUAGAAGCAGCAUUUAGAUCGCAGGAGAGGAGGUUGGUUGGCUGGGGAUGCAUCGUAGAUGCGGAAGGUGCUGGGACCGCAGAUGCAAUCCAGGAGUUGCGGGUCUUGAUAGCGAGCACUGAUCAUUCAUUCAGCAAGUCUGGAGUCGACAAGGUAGCUGCAUGGCAUUUGUAG